AUGGGCGUGAGGGUGAUGGACACGUCCUGGGUGGCGCGAAGAGGCUCGUCGUCGGCAGGCCGGAAAGGGUCGUGCGCCCCGCCCUCCACGCAGCCCCCCGCCCCUCCCGAGGAGCUGGCAGCGCCUCUGCCCUCGCCCCUUCUGGAGCAGCCCCCAGAGGACCCCAUGGUGCCCUCGCUUUCUCCAUCCGGCCUGGGCCUCCAGCCUGGGGCCGAGCGGACCAGCGCUUCUAGAAGCAAGGAGCUUUCUCCAGGAUCUGGGCAGAAGGGAAGUCCGGGUUCCAGCCAGGGGGCACCCUGUGCCGGAACGCCAGCAGGCACCAGCCCCGGCCCGCAGCCGGCUGACCAGAGCCCUCACACUCUCCGGAAAGUUUCCAAGAAGCUGGCACCGAUUCCGCCCAAGGUCCCCUUCGGCCAGCCAGGCGCUAUGUCGGAGCUGCCCACCGGCCAGCCGUCCCCACUCAGCCUGUCGCCUACGCCCCCGAGCACCCCGUCACCCUACGGACUCAGUUACCCGCAAGGGUACCCCUUGGCCUCGGGCCAGCUCUCCCCGGCGGCAGUGCCCCCUCUGGCCUCUCCUUCCAGCUUCGCCAGCACUUUAACCAAAUCUCGGCCCACCCCGAAGCCCCGGCAGAGACCCACGCUGCCGCCCCCGCAGCCGCCCACGGCGAGCCUCUCCGCCUCCAGCCCGCAGUCCACGGAGCACCCCGUGCUCGACGGCAUGGCCCCCGGGGAAAGCAUGUCCACAG